AUGGGUACUGUUCACCAUCACCAGCAUUCAGGAUCGGCUGCCCUGUCGAUGCGUGGCCAUCUGGGCAGGUCGUUCCCAAGCUCCCAUUCUAUUGCGUCGACAGCCAGCCCGGGGGCGUCGACGCCGAACUCGUGGUCGGCAAAUGAAUGGCUUCGAGGCACACCCAACACGUCGCCGCCGAGUUCAGGGCUGGGGUCUCCGGAGCUCAGCGCAAAGCUGCUAGCAGAAGACGGCAGCGUGUCGCCAGUGGAUGGGUCCCUGGACGGCCGUGGCCCAACUGCUGCCGUAAUUGCCUACCAUAAUCCGCAAAUCCUUGUCAACGUCGUCGACUUGAAUGAACAGCGGGUAGCUGCAUGGAACUCGGCACAUCUUCCCAUCCACGAGGAGGGUUUGUUAAAGGUGGUGCGCAUUGCUCGGGAUGGUACACUCGACACCAUCGUCUCCCUGUCUCGUCUUGCCCGCCCGGUAGAGGUCAAAGCCCGCCAACCCAAUCUUGUCUUCUCAACGAAUGUAGUUGAGGCCAUUGCAGAGGCUGACAUCAUCUUCAUCUGCGUUAACACACCCACCAAGACGCAGGGGCUUGGAGCAGGCUCCAUGGCCGAUGUCAGCGCCGUUGAAAGCGCCAGCCGGACGGUUGCGAAGCACGCCAAAAAUGGGGCCAUUAUCGUCGAGAAGAGCACGGUGCCAUGCGGCACAGCUCGGAUGAUCCAAGACAUCCUCCGCCAUUACCGCCCUGACACCAACUUCGAAGUACUGUCGAAUCCCGAAUUCCUAGCCGAAGGAACCGCGAUCGAAAAUCUCAUGCACCCAGACCGGAUUCUUAUUGGAAGCACCCGAAGCCUUGCCGGCCUGCAAGCCGCGGCUGUGUUGAAGGACGUGUACGCGGCAUGGGUGCCGACUGCCCGCAUCGUGACCGUCAACACCUUCAGCAGCGAGCUCGCCAAGCUGGUGGCAAACACGAUGCUCGCGCAACGCAUCAGCAGUAUUAACGCCGUGAGCGCCAUGUGCGAGGAGGUUGGCCUCGGUGCCGAUGUGGACGACGUGAGCCUUGCCAUCGGGAAGGACGGGAGGCUGGGGCCAAAGUUCUUGCAAGCCGGAGUCGGGUUCGGAGGGUCGUGCUUCGAGAAGGACAUCCUCAACCUCGCGUACCUCGCUCGGGAGCUGCAUCUUGACGUCGUCGCCGAUUACUGGUUGGCUAUUCUCAAGGUCAAUGAAGACCAGCGUCAUCGGUUCGCUCGCAACGUCGUCCGCGAGCUCAACGGCUCCCUCCGUGGAAAGAAGAUUGGCGUACUUGGGUUUGCCUUCAAGGAUGGGACCAACGACACUCGGAACAGCAUCGCGGUGCACAUCAUCAAAGACCUGGCGUCGGAGAUGCCGCAGGAGAUCGCCGUUUUUGACCCGGGCUGCGCCCCGGAUGACAUCCUCGACGAAAUCCAAAAGAUUGGUCUCAGUCAAGUGCAGCUGGACAGAGUCAAGAUCUGUUCAAGCUGGAGAGACUGUGUGCAGGACGCCAGUGCGCUCUGCAUCCUGACGCAAUGGAAACAGUUUCGAGGGCAGCAGUUGGGCAAUACCGGGGGAGCUGCGGGCAAGGCGUCCAACCCGAUGGGAAACGGGCUUGCCGCUCACGCGCAGGACGCCUGUUUCAGCGAAAUGGGUAUUGUGGGCCUGGAGAAGUUAUCCUGGCAAGAGGCCACGACUCCUUCAGAAGAUCCCCUUAAAAGACUCAAACCGCUGCCGCCGUGUCCAGCAGACUGCAGCCGCUGCGGGGCCAGCCCAAACAUGGUGCAGAUGCACGAGGCGGUGGACUGGGUUGAAGCCGCGGGGAUGAUGCAAGAACCACGUUGGGUUUUUGAUGGACGUAACAUCGUCAACCAUAUCGAGCUUCAGAGCCUGGGCUUCAGGGUAAAAGGAAUUGGGAAAGGGUUCCAUUCGUCUUAG